AUGUCUUCAAUAGAAUCAUACAAGAGGACCGAAGUCAUUGGUCAGGGAAAGUUUGGCGUGGUCUAUAAGGGUUAUAAUGUGAAGACCAAGAAGGUUGUGGCGAUCAAAGUUCUAGAACUUGAUACUCAAUAUGAUGAGGUUGUUGAUGUUCAGCAGGAGAUCCAGUUUCUCGCCGACCUUAAGAAUGCCCCCAAUGUGACCCAUUACUACGGCUCCUUUUUAAGUGAUACAAAGCUUUGGAUUAUUAUGGAUUACUGUGCUGGUGGAUCCGUGCGUACGUUGUUGAAAGCAGGCGUGUUUGAAGAGAAGUACAUUGCAGUUAUUGUCAGAGAAACCCUACUAGCUCUACUGGCAGUGCAUAAACUAGGCGUGAUUCAUCGUGAUUUGAAAGCUGCUAAUAUUCUUAUUACAAAUGAGGGUAAUGUUCAGGUGUGUGACUUUGGUGUGGCCGCCCAGUUGUCAGCUAACUCGUUGAAGCGAACUACUAUGGCAGGAACCCCUUUCUGGAUGGCGCCGGAAGUCAUCCGUGAAGGUGACCAGUAUAACGUCAAGGCUGAUAUUUGGUCUUUGGGUAUCACAAUUUAUGAAAUAGCAACCGGUAACCCUCCUUAUUCAGAUAAAACUUCGAACUGGGCAAUGACGAUGAUCGCUAAGCUGACACCCCCUCGUUUGGAAGGCAGAGAGUAUCCUCAAGCAUUAAAGGAAUGUAUUGCUCUAUGUCUUGAUGAAAACCCUGAUGAAAGGCCGUCUGCUGAUGAAUUAACGAAAUGCAAGCUUGUCAAGCUGUAUAAAAGCAUGCCGACCAGCAUACUAAAAGAGCUUGUGUCUCGAUAUCUACUAUGGCGUGACAAGAACUCAAGACGUGAUUCAGUCUUCUACAAUUUGGGUGCUGAUGCCGAGAAUGGCGAUGAGACAUCUAAUGAUAACCAACUCCAAGUCAAGUGGGAUUUCGACUCCUUGAGCAGUAAAGAAUAUAUCAUGGAUAACGACAUACACAUGAGUGAAGUGGAACAGCAUUUCCCUUAUCUUAAGGACGAUGACGAGGAUCAGCAUCAUGAUUACACACUCACGUCGCAGCCUACCCACCAUGCAUCUACCCUUCAUCCAAAUUCAAAAUUCAGCUCGGCUAGUAACAACAACACAAUCGCCCAAAAGCAGCACUCGACUGGUGCUAGAGCUCCAUCUGGUAAGUCGUCCACAGAUCGCUCACUGAAUCGUCAUCCACCUGCAUCACCAUCAAACAACGUUCCCAAGUCUUUAAGGUCAUUAUUCGAAGAUGAUAAUGACGCUGAACUGGCCUCAGAUAACAUAUUUGAAGACCCACGUCUACCGGCACUAUCAUCUGUUAAAGAAUCUCAUCGAACUGAGUCUCCAACAAUUGAAAUUCCGGAUAUGGAUAGUUUAGCAAUGAUAUCGUCAGUCAACAAGGAGGCUGCUGCCUCUAAUCAUGCUUCGCAGAACGGUUCACGUUUAGGUCACAAGCAGAUGUCCCAUGAUGCUUUACCAAUGUUGAAUAAGCCACCUGCUUUGGUGCAUUCACAGUCUGCUUCGGCUGCUCUCGAACCAAGAAAUAGUUCUCCUUCGACCACCAGGCCACGUAAGAAGACAAUUUCAACAACUCAUGGGCCAAGUUCUGCCUUCCAACAUGCUCCAAUGCUGCCUCUUUCACAGACACAUCAUGACUCAGUCAAGAGACAUGAAACGCCCUCACCAGUGGCUCCUCCUAUAGGUGCCCAUGGGGAGCACGGUCCAACGCUUAGUCCUUCAAAAUCUAUGCGGGCUCUUCAUGCUAGCGGAAACCCGAUGUUACAACCCAUCAAUUUUAAAAUGAAUGGCGAAAAGCUGGCCCAAGGCUCUUCUAGCAAAGAAGUCAGUGGGAAUGCUCCUCAAAGCUCUACAUCAUCGAUAUCAGGACCCACGCAUGCUCCAGGGCCUGCGAAUCCAGUCAAGUCUAAACGUGAGAAGCCUUCUCUUAGAAUUCAGAUGCCCGUUCCCAACUCUUCGGUGAAUCUCAUGUCUGCUUUAACUAGCGAAGACGCAGAGAAAAAGGGUAUCUUGAAUAAUGCCAAUAUGGCCCAUAUCAACUCAGAGAACAUAAAUCAAUUUGGUAUCAAUCCUGCUCUCGUUGGAAAUGUUGCAUCAAUGACUCCAGUGACAGAAAAGGAUACCCAGUUGGGUGAACCUUUGGAUGUGAAAGAACUUCAACAAAGACAGCAGUCUACAGUCCAGAAGAAGCUUACUGCAAUUCUGGGUCCCAAAACAGCUCCAAUUAGCUCCUCCAACUCAGGUGGAAACUAUUUCGUUCCACGCGCUACCCCAGCUCAAACACUCACUACUGGGACUACAAGCAUAUCUGCCAGUACUACACCACUUAGCGCGAAGCAGCCAUCAAGAUUCCCACAGAUCCCUGCGAUCAACAACGACCUAUUCAGCGAUAGCACCCCAAAAUCUAAGCUCAGUGGGGAGUUAGAGCUGAUCUUGAAGCUCUUCAGCCAAGGCCUAGAUGCUCUAGAAAACAGUUUACAAGAGAAGCGUCUGAGUACGUGA